UGUGGCUCAAGUGACCCCGACGGUGGGACAAUAGCUGCGAGGCCAUGGCAUUUGUGGCGAAGCGCGUUUUUUCGCGCUCUAUCACAGGUGCCACUGCUUUGGGCGGAGCUGCUGCGUUGGUGAAUUUCACCUCUGCUCCAGCUCGCUGCGAUGAUAAGGAUCCGCCACACGCACCGCGAUAUCCCUUCUGGGUAAAGUCCAUCUUCCAUGCCCACGAGAUUCCAAGUGUCCGUCGUGGGUAUGAAGUGUACCGUCAGGUUUGUGCAACUUGCCAUUCCAUGAAGCAGCUCCACUUCAGACACCUGUCGAAUUUCGUGCUUCCCGAGAAGCGUAUGAAGGAGAUAGCCGCCAGCUACGACGUUGUGGAUGGACCAAAUGAUGAAGGCGAGAUGUUCACCCGCCCUGGCAUUCUUGUUGAUGCCUUUCCAUCGCCAUAUCCGAACGAAGAGGCAGCACGCUACGCAAAUGGCGGAGCAAAUCCGCCGGAUCUCAGUGUGUACACCACUGCCAAGCACGAGGGUAUUGACUACAUCUUCGCCCUUCUGCUGGGCUACAGAGAUCCUCCAGCCGGCAUCGAAGUGCGCGAUGGAUUGUACUACAAUGUGUACUUCCCAGGAGGAUUAAUCGGAAUGCCCAACCCGCUGCACUCUGAUGGUCUGGUGGACUACGAGGAUGGAACUCCGUGUACCAAGUCUCAAAUGGCCAAGGAUGUGGUGAACUUCCUUUGCUGGGCCGCAGAGCCCGCACACGACGAGCGGAAGCUCAUCGGCCUCAAGGCACUGUCGGCUUGCGCCGUCGGAACAUUCAUUGUUGGCUUCUGGUACCGAAGCAUGUGGAUUGGGUUCAAGACCCGCCGCAUUGAUUUCACGAAGGCAGUUAUGUGAUCACGCGACGACAGUGAGCAUUGGCAGAGCAUGUAGCAAGCGCCAUGCGGGACCAUGUAGCCAAUAUGUCAGUGUGUCACGUCCAGGUUCCAACUUGUUGCCAGUGAUCUUGGUGCCAC